AUGGGGAACGAAACUAACAACUCCGGCGGUUCGACGCACAGCUCUGUGCCAAAUCCCAAAAAUGCUUCUAUUCGGGUUGGAAUUCGCGAUGGGGUCACCGGAAACUUCAAUUUAGUCCCCAGAGCAGAAGCUGUCGUCUCUGUAUUCGACUCAAAUUUUCUCAUCGGCGAUGGUAUCUGGGAAGGCAUCCGUGCUAACAAAGGCCGCGUGCAAUUCGCUCGUGAGCACAUCAACCGCUUAUUCCAAUCCGCCAAAGCCAUGUACAUGGAUCUCGGCCUGUCAAAAGGAGAACUAUUAGAUCUUAUCUACCAAACCCUCGACGCAAACGAAAUGGGCAACGAUGAACACGUCCACAUCCGUCUGGUCGUGAGUCGCGGGCUGAAAGCCACGCCAUAUCAAAACCCUCGCGUCAACAUAGGCCUUCCCCUAAUCGUCAUCAUUCCCGAGUCUAAAGCAGUCGACCCAAGCUCAAAAUCACGAGGUUUGAGACUUGCGACGACGUGGGUUCGUCGAGGACCUCCUGAUGUGAAGGACGAGCAGUGGAACCAUAUCUCAAAAGCCACAGAUGUGCAAGCCUGCAUCCACGCGAAUGUGAUGAACGUCGACGAGGCAUUGAUGCUCGAUCUUCGCGGCUUUGUCAAGACAUGUAACUCUGUCAAUUUUUUCAUCAUUCGAGGGGACGAAGUCUGGGCCCCUACAAAAGAUAACCAGAUGCAAGGGAUUACUCGACAGAAGACUAUCGACGUGUGUCGGGCCAAUGGAAUUACAGUCCGAGAGUUAGAUUUCACACUUACUGAGACGUACGGUGCAGAUGAGGCUUUUUGCACCGGUACGUUCCCGUCACAGAUUCAUGUCACAGAAAUCGAUGGAAGAACUAUUGGCGAUGGAAAGAGGGGGGAAAUGACCGAGAGGAUUCAACAGCUUUACUCGGAGCUUGUGACUGCUGAUGUGAGCAGAUCAAGAGAAGAGAUCAAGGCUGAAGUCGUGAGCCCACGAGACUUGAGAUUCUUGAAGUCGAAGCUGUAA